UUAGGACGCAGGUACUUCCGGCCUAAACGCGCUCCUCUAUACGCAGCUACGCCACCUUCGUUAGGUUUUGGUGAAGAGAAGGAACCUACAAAGAAGAAGAAGAAGUAGAAGAUGACAUUGAUGAAUAGGUCGCCCUACUUCUCUCUCUUGUCCAAAGCCCUUGCCUUCGUCCCUUGCCGUCGUCCGGCCGAUGCUGCCCUUUUUCUCGCAACCCAUUCUUACUCCGCCGCCUCCGGUGCUCCACAGAGCAGCCUUAUGUCCGAAUACCUAGUCAGCACCUGUGGCUUCGAUCCUGAUCAGGCGGCCAAGGCCUCGAAGCUCCUCGGCCGCAUCGAAUCCCGCCACCAGCCUGACUCCGUCCUUGGCUUCUUUAAAAGCUACGGUUUUGACAACACCCAGGUGAAAAAGGUCAUAUCUGCAAAACCCCAGUGGCUUCUCCUCGACGUGGAGAAGACCCUGGCCCCAAAGUUCCGAGCUUUGCAGGAUCUGGGCUUCUCCUGCUCCGACAUCACCCAUCUCGUCAGGUCGAAUAACGGCGUCAUCGGCCACAAAUUGCAGACCAUCUUGUCCAAGAUCCAAUUAUGGCAAGGCCUCCUGGGGUCCAACGACUUUUUGGUGAAGUUGUGCAAGGGAAACAGGUGGUUUCUCGGGUAUAGCAUCGAGAAGAGGAUCCAGCCUAACAUUGAGAUUCUAAGGGAUUGCGGGAUCACGGAUCAGAAGCUCUCGAUGAUCCUACGACACCACCCCCGCCUCAUAAUCCAGAAGACUGAAGCCCUGAAGGCAAUAAUCGGUCGUGUCGAGAAUUUGGGAGUAGCUCGCGCCUCUGGGAUGUUCACCGAAACUCUCAAGGUGGUCUACACGAUCAGCGAGAAGAAUUUCAAGGCUCACUUGGAGUUCUUCAAGGGCUUCGGGUGGUCUGAGGAUGAUUUCCUUGCUGCAUUCAGAAAGAAUCCUACGAUUGUGGGAUUUUCUUUAAAGAGUUUGCAGAGUAAGAUGGAGUUCUUGGUAAAUGAAGCCGGAUGUGCUCCUUCUCAUCUUGCACUUCGGCCAGAUAUUUUGUUGUUCAGUUUGGAGAAAAGGUUGAUGCCAAGGCAUCAGAUUGUGACAGGCCUGAAGUCUAGGGGAGUUUGUAUCAGUAACCUUAGUAUCUCUACAUACGUGAAAUAUCCAGAGAAGAAAUUUGUGGAGAAGUUCGUCAACUGCUACAAGGAGUAUCCAGAACUCAUUGAGUUGUAUAAUGCAGCCCCCAAAAACAGAACUGCACUUUGAUCGUGGAAAUGCAUAAUGCAUAGCAUAAGCUUUUGUACCAGCAAGGAAUGUGAUGUGAAUUUAGUCUAUAAGGAGGUUGCUUCAUCCCGAGCAGUCCGACGAGUUCCGAUGCAGCAAAGUGCACUGAUGGAUGUGCUUUUCUCAUGAUGAAUUUGUGAGAUCUUUUAUUCUAAUUUAUGCUUGUUUUUCAUUAUUAUUCUUAUCUUUAGCUGAUUGCAUGAGACAACUCGAUUUCUUGACAUCUUGUUUCUACUAAGAUAAUCCCUAUCGAUGUGAAAAUUACAUAUUUCAGAUGAUCCGUAGCUGGGGAGCUAAGGAUUGAGAAGUGUUCGGUUCUAGCAAGGUGAAGAUUGUUAUCUGAUAUUUAAUAAAAGUAUAGUUAGAUGUUUACUCCAGUCAUAAUGAUGAGACUUGGUGAGAUGUAUUUUCAAUUAUUGUCAAUGAAUAUCAUUAUUGUGCUCUGUGCGUUACAGAUGUUCUGCUUAUAAGUUUAUGGAGGGUGUGAUCCUCUCAUUUUGUGGAUUGGGUCAUAUUGAGUGUUUGGUGCAUAAAAUGUUCUUAUCAAUCAAAAGUACUUGAUUGUUAGCUCCAUUUACAGGGUGUUUGGUGCAAAAGAAGUGGAUUAGCAGUGAUCUCGGAAAUUGCUAUUUUAGUAGGUGUUACUCUCCAGAGGUUGUGUUGUAUCGAUCAUAAAUUGUUCUCAUCAAUAAAAAAUACUUGGGGUGUUAGCUCCAUUUGCAGAGUGUUUGGUCCAAAAGAAGUGGAUUAACAAGGUUCUUGGAAAUUGCUCUUUUAGUAUGUGUUACCUUCCUGAGGUUGGCAUCUGCAGUGUGCUAGUUUGAUUACAUUAGUAAGGAUAUGUUGAACAAAUUGGAAAGGAAAUACAAUUCUAGGAGUUGCUUUGCUAGGGAGAAUUGUGCCAUUACUUCAGGUAAUGAAAGUGAAAUUAGACUAGCUGGCUUCUUGUAGGCCAAUUUCUCCCUUCUCAAAAUGUAUUUUGUCCGCUGUCAGUUGACACCCAUUUCAACCUUCCAAAAUGUAUUUUGCUCACAUUCAGACUCAAGUCAAGAUAUUUCUGACAGUAUGAAUCUUUAGUUAUAUUUAUGAUUUGUCGCUA